AUGGCGAUCAUGGAAACAAGUCGGACUCUUACGGAACAGGAACUUUUUCCUGAUGCUCUAGAACCUUCUAACCUCUUAGCAGAAGAUCCACAGCCUUCUGGUGAUGGACAGAUUGGGUCAGAAAUAACUGAUGUAGCACAGUCUACAAUUGAACCGAUUGGGUCAGAAAUAACUGAUGUAGCACAGUCUACACUGCCCACUGAGACUGAAACUGGGGUCAAAGAAAGCACAAAGGCUAUUAUAGGACAGGCUAACCGAGGAAAAGGCUCAAAGAAAGAGAUCGAAGAGAGGAAAGAGGAGACGUGCACACCAGGCUGCAUCUUUAGUGGUGAAACCCCGGAGGUGAUUGAUACCAGGGCCAGAACAACAGUAAAACUUGCCAGCGCUAACUGCUCGCAGGGCAGGAAAAGAGGAGCUGAGGUACUUACUGCACAGUUUGUUCAAGAUUUGGUACCUGAACUAGCAGCAAAAAAAGUGCCCAUCAAAAGAGUAAAGAAAGAACCACAAGUCGGUGUUCCUCGCAGAAGAAGUGAGAGAACUCCCGUGAAAAGGAAAAUCCCAGAAGACCGCAGUAACAGUGAUAGGCCUUCAAAACGCAAAGCUUCGGGUUUAGAUGAAUUGCCUGGGGAUAAAACAGUGUCUGAAACUAGGAACCAGGUUGAUGGUUUUACAAUAAUUGCAAAGAAAAUAAGAAAACCCAGAAAACCUACUGAUACUAUAAAAAAACCGAGACAAGUAAAGUCAUCAUCUAAGCCCGAUGAGAAACCACCUGGGAUCCAGGAUGCCCAUGUUUUGGAGAAAAGGAUACACGCCUAUGAAUCACUUGCCCUAAAUAUGCUUGCCGACCUUGCACUGAAUGCUUACAACUCUUCCAACAUCCCUUAUACACAGACAGUGAGUGUUGUGUCAGAGGAUGCAGGUUUGGGAGAGAGGGUUUCUCCAGAUGAGAAACCUGUAAGUUAUUCUGAAUAUCCUAUAGUAAGCAAUACAGAAUCCUUUUGUAACCCUCCUGUGCACAUCGAUGCUCCAUCUUCUACACAGACACAAGAGAGUGCUCAAGCAGUUGAUCCAUAUGAAUUCAAUAGUGACUCUUGCAAUGAAGAGGACAGUCCUGCUGUGAUUAAAGAAAGUCGCAAAAAGCCCAAAUCACAAAAAAGCCCAGGUUCUCAUUCCAAGGCAAAAUCACAUCAAACAAACAAAAUCUGCUUAGAACAUUCUUACUCCCAACUCCCACAAGGCGGGCAAACUAUUGGACCAAUUUCAAGUACACCGGAGCCUAUAGAUGAGCCAGUCUCUGAGCCAGAUGAUCUGCCUCAUCCAGAAGAGGUAGCUAUUGAGCCACCACCACCACCUCCAGAAACACAACCAUUACAGCCACCACAACCACCACAGCCACCACAACCACCACAGCCACCACAAAAUAACGUAGUUGUGCCACCAGCUGAUAUUAUAUUUCUGACCUCCACUAAUCAGGUGAUAUACCCAGUCGUCAAAAACCAGACUCGGUCAGUGCUUAAGCUAGGAGAUAAAUACCUAAUAAAAAUUGCCUGUGAAGGAAAAUAUGAUUUUGAUCUAGACAGCAAAUUUACCAGUGAUGAUUUGGAGAAAACUGUUAACCGUGCCUUACAUGGACCUUGGAACCCAAAUUUAAGAGAGAAAGUAGAAGAUGUGAAAAUAAUCCUGCACAUGUGGUUAGCGCUUUUUUACAGCAAGUCAAACAAGCACAUGAACCGCAGGACAAGGAAAGUGGUGGAGCACAGCAAUCCGGCAAAAUAUGUAUCCAUCAACACAGCCCUUGACCCGUUUGAAUUAUACAAAUUUGUGCAGUCUGAAAGCCUAAAUAUAGGCUUGACACCGUUACCACCCGCUGCAUCAAGUUCUCAAAAUAGUGGUGCAAGCGUAGCCGGCGGUAAUGCAAUGAACUCGCUGUUCCCAGGAAAAUUACCCUUAGCACCUUUACCGCGCGUUAUAAAGCCUGAAAAGAUCCAGGUGAAGAGUCCGUUACAAAGUUUGCCGUCAGUGACCAAAGUUGUCCCAUUUAAGGGUAAUAAAGUAAUAUUUCAGCGUGAUCUGAAAAGCAGGAAUCUGGGCAGUAUACAACCUACACUCACACCUGUCACCUGGGUAACUACUAGAUCUUCAUCACUUGGUAAAUCCACAGCACCAGUACCUUCUGAGGAGAAACUUUCCCAAGCUCACGACGGCUGCAUUCCCAUUAUGUGCUAUAUGGGUGAUAGCAGAAACGCGGACACUGACCAGAACGCUACAGCAGGGAAAUCUGUAGAUUUAAUUGUGCAGGCUAGUGUUCAUGAUACUACCACAGAGAUCUCCGAUUCAAGCGAAGCUCUUCAAACAAUAGGUCAAGAAGUAGAAAUUGUUGAUGAAGCUGAUGUAACUACAGCAGCAAGUGAGACGGAAGACCAUUAUGAAUUAUUUGAUUCUUCUCAUUCUCCUGGAAGUGAUAUUCAGCUGGAUGCUGACUUUAUGCCAUCAGGUUAUGAUAAGUCGAUCAGUUUAUCUCCAGCUUCCAAUGAACCUGAGAGUCCCAACCGAGACGAUAAUUUAUUCUCUUCACACCAUGUGGAGGCCAAUACAGAGUCCCUGAGUGGCGCCAUUACCAUUGAGACUUUCAGCAAACAAUACUACGCACCUGAAAAUGUUUCUCCAGCAGUGGAAGUGAAAAUUAUAGAGUCUGAAAGAAGAGAGGCCUAUGCCCUCUGCCUUAAAGAGAUUUCCUCUAUGCAGUCCUUGGACACAACUACAUCAGAGUCUAUGAACAGGGAGGAACAGGAAAGUAGGGAAAAGCCAGAAGUGGAAACAGCUACAUGUGAAAUCCCACCUAAUGAUUCUACUCCAGCUACGAUCCUGACCGCUGAAACUGAGAAAACACCAGGCGAUGCCACUUCUGAUGAGUUUGAGACUACUGAGCAAGAACCUAAUUCAUCUAUAGAGAGUUCACAGGGGGGAUCUCUAAGUAAUGAAGACUCACAGCUUUCUAUAUGCAAUGAAACACAACGUGAUACCCCAGCAGUUGAUAAUGCAGAUAUAUCAGCCGGGACCGAGAUUGUUUGCAAAACUAAACCUGUAUGUCGGGAAGAGGAAACCCCAGUCACUAAUGCAUCAGACUCACAGCUGGACGGAGUAGAAAAUGGGGAAGAAACGUCUAGAGAAGAACAGGAUAAUACAGACUUAGCAAUACCUGAGGAACCUAUUUCUCAAGUUGAUCAGCUGCCCGUUGUUGCUUCAGAGUCUUUGGAAGAUGAGAAAGACAAAACUGCUGGGACCAAUGAAGAAUCUAAUCUGAGCAGUGAAAUGGAAAUAAUUCAGAAGCCUUCUGCAUUGUGUUCAGGGACAGAAUCCCUAACUGAUGUGAUUGAAUCUUCUAACAACGAAAAUAAAUCAGAGAUCCUGGAUUUGGUAAGCAAAACAAAAGAGAAUGACACCGAUUUUUCAACACAUAAUGGAACCCCUGAUUCAAAAAACCAAGCCGAAGCAAUUUCUCUGUCUACAAAUGAAAUUGAUAACCAACUAUCGGUAAAACCACAUAUGUCUCAUGAUGACGUUGAGACUGAUUCACAAGUAAAUAAUACAAAUAUUCCGUCAUUGCAUAAUGAAGAACAAGAGGGUUUAAACGACACAUUCAGUGAAGGUAAUCAACCUUCUUCUGAAACAGCCUCUCUGAAUGCAGAAGUUAACAAACCUCCAGUAGCUGAAGAGGAGACUCUUGUCUUAGAAGAGGAAAAGUUAAAUGAAGAAACGACACAUGAAUGCCAAAUUGUCUCUUCAAAUCUUCCUGCCGUUUGUUCAGAUCCUGUAUGUUCAGGAAAUGGACAGCAAACUUUAGAGAAAGGUGCUGAGGUUCAUGUAAAUGAAAUAAAUACUACAGAAAUGCAAAACAAACCAUUACUUUCUAAAAACGACGGUGGAGACGAGGUAAUGGCUGGUAAAGAUAAUUCUACUUUAAAAACUACCAAUAAUGUUAUUGAAAACAUCAACGAUAAACUUAUAGAUGUCACAUCUGGGGACAAGGUGGCACAAGCUGAAGAAGAUGAUGUUGUGAUUUUAGAUUCAAACACAUCUAUGUCUUCUGCUGAUGAGUUUCAAGAUACAUGUGGGUUACCACUUCUAAGAAGAUGCUUACCAUAUAAAGAAGCUCAUUCAGCGAACAUAGAAAAUGCCACUGCCCAGGAACCUUCAGAUAAUUUUAUGAUUGCAAACAUUGCUAGUAUAAGUGAAGAACAGUAUGAACGUUGGGCAGAUGAGGAUAUUUCGCAAGUAAACAAGACUACACAAAAGCCCUUUCCUGAACAGGAGUAUUGUCAAAUGUUUUCCCGAUCAGCAUCUGAAAACACUACAUAUUCCCAAGAGUCAACCUGCACAACAAAAGAGAAAAGUAGCAGACAUUCACAAAAACGAUCAAGCUCGCGUUCUAGAUUACGUGACACAGAAGAAUACUAUACACCACAUUACAGAGAAAAUAUUAAAGAAUCUGGCAGGACUUUACAAAACUUGCCUAGAGAUAGCAAAUCUGACCAUGUCAAUUUAUUUGCUAAUAAAAGGACUACCAGUAAGGAUCUCACACAGGACACUGUUGACCUUGAACACCUGCGGUUUAUUGACCGGUUAAAAGAACUUUUGAGAAAAACCUCAACAUAUAACUAUUUUUAUGAACCUCCAUAUAGGACAAUGUUUGAUUCUAGAAGAAUAGAAGGGAAUGCCAGUUCUACGCCUAAAAAUAUAAGCCCUCUUCUCAUAACUGUAAAGUGUUCUCGUAAACGAGAACCCACAGGACAUGACAGGUGGUAUUCAAGUUCUGGUUACACCAAAAGGUAUUAUGAGGAUGAUCUAAGGGACAGUUCAUACCAUGAGGAAGAUUUAAGGGACCGAUCAUACUAUGAAGAUGAUUUAAGGGACCGAUCAUAUUAUGAGGAUGAACUAAGAGACCGAUCCUUAUACUUCUCUAGGACUUUCAAAAAAUCCAGUUCCAAAAGCCACAGACCCUUUUCUCAGUUUCACUUUAAUCGAUUAAACUAUGAGAAAAAGGCAGAGGAUCCAGAGAGUGAUAUAUCAGACUAUGUACAAGACUCUGUUCAGUCCAGUCACUUACGCCUUAGUAAGUUAAGUUUGGGAAAUACUAUAGAUCGUACCUCAGCCAAAGAGCAUGGGGAGGAAAAUGCAGCACAUGCACGAAGGACACUUGCUUCUUUUCCUAAACAAUCGCACCUUGUUAACAUCAUAUCAGAUCACUGCAGCAGUCUGCAGUCCAGAUUAAGCAGUGUUGUAAAGGAAUCUGGCAAAAAGAACUUUAGAUUUUACAUCAGUGAAACCUGUGAUGAUCAGUUUUUCCCAUUAGCAAAGAACUUACUGAAAAAAGAUGGUCACACCCCAGUGGAACCUCAGCACUUUUGUUACAGCCAGCAUGUUGAAUCAGAUAGACUGUUGGUUAUUAUCAGAAAUGAGGAUAUUUCUUCUCACAUACACAAGAUUCCAUGUUUGUUACAGCUGAAGCUCUUACCUAAUGUUACUUUUGCUGGCGUUGACACACCAGAAGAUAUCAUGGAAUCCACAUUUGAGGAGCUCUUCCAGUCUGGGGGAUUUGUGUUUUCUGAUCCAGCUUUAUUGGAAACCAUAACAUUAGGGAAAUUAAAAGAAGUUUUAACUGUGUUGGAGAAGAUGAAUAAAACCUCAGGUUGGAAAUGGCUCAUUCAUUACAAGGAGAACAGGCGUCUUAAGGAAGAUAAAAGACCUGACUCUGUUUCUCAAGUAAAGAUUCCACUGCUGAAAUCUUACCAGCAAACGAACAUUAUAGAGGUUCUGCCUUAUCACCUGUGCGACUCCACAGCCAAGGGUCAGUCACAGGAUCUGGCCUGUGCUCUAACACUGCAGAGCCAACACAUCCACUAUAGACUUGCUGUUUAUCUGACAGAUAAAUCUUCAGCUGCCAGAGAGGAGUUUGAGGAGAACGGAAUUCUUACACUUGAUGUGGAUGAAUUCAUCCGAAGUGUUCAGAAACUCGAUGCGCGGUUUCAUGCUUCGAGUUUGUCUUGAAAAUGAAAAGAAAGUUGGAAGAAGGUUAAGACAGAGAAGAAAACUGGCUGCAAGGAGCAUGCUUUAGUUUUUGUGUUUUUAAGUAUUUAUUACCAAAUUUAUGGCAUAGGAACUUCGGACAAAUGUUCUCCCAACAUGCUCCAGUGUAUAAUAUAUAUAUUACCAGAUACCCUGAUGUCUUAUUUGUUUUACGAUUUUUAGAUUCUGAUAAAGUGCUAUAUUUUGCCCAGCUCCCUGUUCUCGUUUGUUCAGUGUUCUUGAUACUGUUCUGCCACAGCUAAACUUUUUAUAGUAAUACGCAAAUUUUACAAAACGUUGAAAAUAUAACAAAAUAAUCUAUUUCCAUCAUACUCCCAACAACGACUGCAUUUUCCACUUUAUACUUUAUAUAUAUAUUUUUUUGUCUUAUUUUAAUAGCGUUAAGUUUUUUGCUUUAGAAUGAAUUUAAGCAAAAACCCUUCUGUUAUACAAAUUUCUAUAUAGCAUUGGUUAAUAUAUCUCACUUUAUCAUGCAAAUAUGUAAAUUGAUAUUUAUCUGCGCUGACAAGUUCUGUAUAUUUUGUACUUAAAAUAUUAAAAUAUUAAAAUAGCUUAAAAGCCAAUUGUAAAAGAAAAAAAAGUAUGUUACGGAGCGUCUUUUCCACUUGUUGCAUAAGAUGUAUACAUAUAUUUUGUUUACGCGUGCCUCUUUCCUAAUGUUGAACUGACUUUUUGUAAAUAUAAUAUUAUAGAAGCCACAGAAGGUCAUAUAGUUGUUUUUUUUUCUCUGCAGAAAUACAAUUGUUAUAGUAAGAGUACUUAAAUAUUUAUGUUAGUAAUCCGUUUAAAGGAGGCUUUGUAACAAUUUUUUAAAUAAAUGUGUGCUAAGCAUCAUCUAAUUAAUCAAA